GCGCAUGUGUACACGUGUCCUAAAUCCAAGAUGGCGGAUUUAUUGUCUUCUUUUCUCUAAAUAUUUUGAUUUCUAUUUCGGCCCUAUUUUAUCUGCACUCUUUAAAUUUGCCAUGUUACAUCAUUGAUUUAGAUAAUUCUCACUGUAAGACAUUUUUAAUGUGUUAUUUUAUUAGUUAGUGUUGCGAUUAUUUCAAAAGAUGGACGAGGCUUUUGGAAAUCUUCGUAGAAGGAAACAAACUUUGAAAGUUAUCAAAGAAUUCGACGCAUUCCCUAAGAUUCCUGAAAAUUAUCAACAAACCACAGCAAGUGGGGGUUCUGUCUCUUUGGUGAGUUUCUUGUUCAUAUUUGUCCUGGUCAUAUCUGAGUUCUGUUACUACCGAGCUACGGAAACCAAGUUCAGCUAUGAGGUUGAUACUGAUGCUGACGGCAAACUCCAGAUCAAUGUAGACCUAACGAUUGCUAUGAAAUGUGAAGAUAUUGACGCUGACGUGUUAGACCUCUCAGGAUCCACAAUGCAACUGGGUGACAGCAUUAAACUUGAGCCUACAUUUUUCAAACUAACACCUGAACAAGAAAUGUGGCUGACGAUGUUCCGAGAUUUCCAUUUUUUCUAUGAAGGCUAUAGAUCACUUGGAGAAAUGGAUGAGUUCAAUGGUGACAUUCCAACCUACAUGCCAAAAAGAGAGGAAAGCAAGGAUGCCGCAAAGACCAAAGAACAUGAUUCCUGCAGGGUGUAUGGGUCAUUCAAGGUCAACAAGGUUGCAGGGAAUUUUCACAUCACAUCAGGAAAAUCUAUACAUCACCCUAGAGGUCAUGCCCAUUUAAGCUCAAUGGUCCCAGUAGAAUCCUUGAACUUUUCCCAUCGCAUUGACAUGUUGUCAUUUGGAAAGAGAGUUCCUGGGAUAGUCCACCCUUUGGACGGAGAGAUGCAGAUAACUGAGAAACGUAGGAUGAUGUAUCAAUAUUAUAUCCAAGUUGUUCCUACCAGUAUCAAAAGUUUGAACAGCAAAGAAAUCAAAACAAACCAGUAUUCAAUGACUCAAAGGAUACGUGAGAUAAGCCAUGAUUCUGGGAGCCAUGGCAUUGCAGGCCUAUUCUUCAAGUACGACAUGUCAUCUAUCAUGGUUCGUGUCAAACACCAGCAUCACUCCAUGGUGGGGUUUCUUGUCAGACUGUGUGGCAUCGUGGGUGGCAUCUUUGCUACGUCAGGAAUGCUUCAUGAUUUCAUUGGGUUUUUGUUUAACAUGGCCAUGUGCCGUUUUGGUUACAACAAGAAAAGAACAGAGCUGCCUGCCGAUACCCAAGUACCGCCUGAUAGCCCAUCUGCUAUACUAAGCCAGGCAAAGGCCCAAGAGAAUGCUUGCAGUCCCAUGGGGAUCCCUAAUGACGUCACAUUCUCACCUGCUCCAAGCUCUCCGGUCUCACCAAGCUAUGAGCAAAACACUAAAAUGUGACAGUCUACAGUAUGGGAAAGACACUAAAAUAUAAGUGUUGUUGUACUGUAUUGCAUUCAUGUGUGCAAGGGAAGCACAGAAUCCAUGUACCAUUUAGUGAUUUUGUGAAUCACAAAUCUGUUUUUGUAACGAAUUGUUACUUAUGUAAUAUCAGAAUUUUCAGCAGUUUUCUUAUUCAAAAUGUUUAUAUGCAGUACGCGUAAUAGAAUAAAGUAUAAAAAGUUUCUUCUA